AUGACUGGGACGCAAUCUCAGAUUCAGAAGGCCAUUGGCCAGAUCCAGGACAAGACAGCCAUUCCAGAGAUUGACUUCACCCAGCACCAACUCGAGAAUGGCUUCACGAUCAGUACCCAGGAGCGUGUCGUCAAAGAGGUCCAGGCUCCGGCCAUGAGCAUCCCGACCGAUGCCCAGUUCUUCUCCAAGUCCGACCCCACAAAGCCAGACGUGGCGUUCUUGAAGAACCACUUCUACCGCGAAGGACGCAUAUCGGAGGAGCAUGCGUUGUACAUCCUGGAGAAGGGCACCGAGAUCCUCCGUAGUGAGCCCAACCUCCUGCAUGUAGAUGCUCCCGUGACCGUCUGCGGCGAUAUCCACGGACAAUAUUACGACUUGAUGAAACUGUUUGAGAUCGGCGGGAAUCCGGAAACGACCCGUUAUCUCUUCUUGGGAGACUACGUUGACCGGGGAUAUUUCAGCAUCGAGUGUGUAUUGUAUCUGUGGUCGCUCAAAAUCUGGUACCCGGAAACCCUCUUCCUCCUCCGUGGCAAUCACGAAUGCCGCCACUUGACUGACUACUUCACCUUUAAACUCGAAUGCAAACGCAAGUACUCCGAGCGCAUUUACGACGCAUGCAUGAACUCUUUCUGUGCUUUACCACUCGCUGCGAUCAUGAACAAGCAGUUCUUCUGUAUCCACGGCGGUCUGUCUCCUGAGCUCAAUACCCUCGACGAUAUCCGUAACAUUGACCGCUUCCGGGAGCCGCCUACCCAGGGCCUCAUGUGUGAUAUGCUCUGGUCGGACCCGGUCGAAGAUUUCGGCCAAGAGAAGACGUCGGAUAGUUUCGUCCAUAAUCAUGUACGAGGAUGCUCGUACUUCUUCACAUACCAAGCCGCAUGCCAGUUCCUGGAGAGGAACAAGCUACUCUCGAUCAUCCGUGCCCACGAGGCGCAGGACGCGGGAUAUCGUAUGUACCGGAAGACACGCACCACUGGCUUCCCGUCCGUCAUGACCCUCUUCUCCGCUCCCAACUACCUUGAUGUCUACAACAACAAGGCGGCUAUCCUCAAGUAUGAGAGCAACGUGCUCAACAUCCGCCAGUUCAACGCGACCCCACAUCCCUACUGGCUCCCCAACUUCAUGGACGCAUUCACGUGGAGUCUGCCGUUCGUUGGAGAGAAGAUCACCGAUAUGCUGUUGGCAAUGCUCAACUGCUGCACGAAGGAGGAGUUGGAGGAGAGCUCAUCAGACGAGGAGACUCUCAUCUCCCCCACCCCGUCGGAAGAUCCCGGCGAGCGUCGCAAGGUCAUCAAGAACAAGAUCCUUGCCGUUGGACGUAUGGCACGGGUUUUCGCCCUCCUGCGUGAGGAGUCUGAAAAGGUGUCCGAGCUCAAGAGCGUGUCUGGCUCCGCGAAGCUGCCGUACGGCACGCUUGCUCUUGGAGCGGAGGGCAUCAAGGAUGCCAUUACCGGUUUCGAGGACGCCCGAAAGUCCGACAUCGAGAACGAGCGUCUGCCGCCCGAGCUGUACGACCUCGAGACUGAGGAGGGCAAGGCGCUCAUCUCGUCCCAGCCCGCGACGCCGGCCGAGGAGAGCGCAGUGCCGAUCUCGCCCAACGGUGUCGUCGCGGCACUGGAGCAGGUCAUCUCGAACCCGUCGCCCGUGAUCUCGGACGCGGGCCCGUCCCCGGGGACGCCGCUGUCCCCUUCGUCGCCCAUCUCUGGCGUGUCACCCUUCCGGCGCGGGCACGGGCGGCAGGCGAGCCUGGGGACGACGAUGACCUCGCCGUCGACGCGCCGACGGAGCCUGGAGAGCACGAUGAGCCUCAUCCAGGAGGCGUGGGAUGGCAAGGCGCCGCUACAGGACGCGGAGCUCGUCAAGCUCGCGGACUCGAUCGCGGAGAGCAGCACCGGCAAGGACAAGGGCGACUCGGGGCGGUCCACGCCGAGCGCGGCCGCGGCCGCGAGCUAA